AUGACGGAAAAGAAGAAAAGGAUUAUUGAUAUAUUAGAAGAAGAACGAGCGAAUUAUUUCAGAACAUUUCAUGGAAAACUAUCAAAAAUCGUCAUUAUUGAAGUUAAUAAGUGGAAUAUGAAUCGUAUUUUUCCUUAUAUAAUAUCGUGUGCGAGAAAUGCCAGUUUUGUGUCGAUAGAUUUGGAACUUAGUGGCUUAGGACCUCAGAACUUUAUUGGACAAGAUAUGCUAUAUCGUUAUAAAAUAAUCUGUGAAACAGCAAGAACACGAUCAAUUAUUUCAGUCGGUUUAUGCAUGUUCCGUUUGUUGAAAUGUACGGAAAAAAAGAAGAAAAAAAGGAUAAAAUAUGAGUGCCAGGUAUUUAAUAUAUUGACAAUGCGGGCCGUACCAUUUAUUGUGGAACCAAAUUCAAUGAAAUUUCUCGCAAAAAAUAAUUUUGAUAUGAAUGAACUUUUCUCUUCCAGCCUAUUUCAUACAUCUGUUGAGGUCCAUAAAGUUAUUCUUCUACAGGGUGACACAAUGAGGUCGAUUUGGUCGGAAAUCUUGGCUGCCCGCAUACCAGUUGUUUUCCACAAUGGCUUGAUUGAUCUUUUUUUCAUCUACCAAAAUUUUUAUCUUGGUUUGCCUGAAAGUUGCGAUGAAUUUAUUGCUAAUAUCUCGGAUUGGUUCAAUCUUGAGGAAUCAUGUGGUGUUUAUGAUUCAAAAUAUGUAGCAGAAAUGGAUUUUAAUACUAAGCGAACCUCUUUAGAAUAUAUAUUUAGAAAAUGCCAACGAAACAACGUUUUGGAGGCGAAUUGCUCACGUGCUUUUAUUAGCAUUUCUUUCGAUUAUCAUUUAUUAUCUGAGGAUCCCACAACUGACUUCAUCUACAGCAUUGAUUGUAGUUUACCUGAUGGGUUUUACGAAAAUCCUCCUCGAAUAGAUGUAUAUCAUGAUUCAACGAUAAAGCAACUUUGCUCUAAUUAUUUGGUAAUUCGAUUUUUUUUACUAAAAUUUCUAAAAUUUUCUUUUUACCAUUUCUAUUAUUUCUAUAAUUAA